CGGGCGCACACCUUGGAGGCGAGACCACCCGGCGGGGCUUCGUCUUUUCGGCGGCGCUAGCGACACCAGUUGCCCACGGCGCCGAGCACUGGACGACAGUGCUGCUGCUGCUGCUGCUUGCCUCGGCACCUGCCGCGACACGGUGACAUCUGGACGACGUUUCAACUUGGGCUCUCGCUCCUCCGUUCUUCGUCCUCUCCACUCCCGCUUCCUCCAGUCUCUGCAGCGACUGCUUUGUCGUUCUUAAGUCGAGGAGGAAGAAGCACGCUUCGCACUGCAGUCAAGAACCGAAUUUCAAAGUGUGUGCAUCACGACAGGUGAACUGUUUUAUCACAUUCUGAACAUCUGACGUGUCCUCUAGCUAGCACGCCUCACCGGAGUUCUGUGUCAGUCCGCCAGGCUUUAAGGCGAAUAGCACUUCGAUCAUUUCGUCGAACCUUUCCACCCCAAAGGAUAACAGCGCCGAGAGUAAACCGGAAUUUCUUGAGCAACGAACAUAGUCAACGUGCCUUGUUUAUCAGUUGAGCGGCGGGGAAAACGAACGAGCAAGAAAAUAUUGAACGCAGUUCUAUCAGUUCGUUUCGGCAAACAACGAUCUCCUCUGAACGCCGCCUGAACAGUCUCCAGUAAUAGUUUGUCGAAGACCUGUGUCUCUCGGGAGAAGGCGUCAGCGACAGUUUCGAGCAACGAGAAGUCUGACUCACCGGGUUCUUCCUUCCUAUCCGUGACGUCAGAAGUCCGUGAAUCGGCGAUCAGCCUGACUUUUUUUUGAUUGACUGGUUAAACAUCGAAGACAGCAGGAGGCGAAAGCUGGAGCACUGGUUUUGAAGAAGCGAAAAAAAGAAUAAGAGGCCGUCAUCGAUGUUCAGGUGCAACCGCUGAUAUCGGCUUCUUCAGCCCUUUUCCUCCCUUCGACCACUCCGACUGGUGACGUCACAAGUUUUUCCCACUGAAGGGCGAAGCGCAAAAACACCUGCAGUUUCGAUGAUGCUUCUCGUCGCCGUCGGCUUCGUGCUCAUCCUCCUCGUCGUCUUUCUAAUCGUCAUCAUCGCAUACACGCAGAGCUCGGUGCUCAUGGUUGUCUGAACUUGGCUGCCGCGCGCCGACAUGUACUCGGACGGCGGGCGACGAGGGACGCAGUGGCUCGGAGGAGCUCGUUCCCGCUACGCAGUCGGCGGUGCGAGAUCCCGCCGAGAACUGCGCUCUCGGCUGCACGAGAUCAGCGACCCGGUGUCAGCGAAGGGUGCCAGGUCACCGGCGCAGCGCUCAAGAUUUCGCCGAUUCUCUGCGGCGUCACCGCUCCCCAGAGGCGUAAGGACGUGAAUGCUAGGGACAAGACGACAGAAAAACAAAGAGAAAGAAAAGCGGGCGGUGGGGGAAGACGGUGACCAUGUGGUUCUCGUCUCUGGAGGAACGUGUCAAUUUGCAUCGACUAAAAAGGCUUCGCGCGCGCGCGUGCCACUCAUAGUUGUCUGUAUAUUUGUUAUCGUAUUCGAUGUGCGCGGUCUUAGAGUCGUAGACGAUGUGUGCGCGUAGAGGCAAAUAUCGUCGCCCGUAGAAACAUCUCUGUGCGUUGUGUGCGUUUGGUCUUUCGGCGUCGUCGCGGUCAUCUUGUUGUGCGUGCGCGUGUUUAUACGAGUGACCCACAAGUUCCCCGUGCGCGUCUUCCCACUCAUCAUCGUCAUCGUGACUAGCAACGAAUGGAUCAGAGUGUGACCGUAUGUUCAUCAGCAACCCGGACGGCCCCAAGAACGGAAGCUUCAGCGCCCCGCACAUGGAGAACCCGCUGGGCCAUUCUAGGCAGUGCAUCUACACUUUCAUCGCACAGGAGAACGAGAGGGUCGACAUCAACUUCACCCGCUUCAGGGUGCGAGGAUCCUCUCCAGACUGCAGCCGCGAGUACGUGGACCUGUACACGGAGCUGGCCGACCCGAGCAGCGACCUGAUCAGCACGCCGUUCGGGGGCCGCUACUGCGGGCGCGUGUUUCCCCGGCGGCGCAUCUCCAUGCACCGCACGCUCGUCAUCGGCUUCUACACCGACUACGAGAACGACACCGCCGACGUCUUCCACGGCACAUACCAGUUCGUCGACGCCUCGCGAUUCCUGAUUGGCAAGCCGGAGCCCGGCUCGGUGUGCAGCUUCACCAUCUACGGCGACCAGAAGCGCGAGGGCGACUUCUUCUCCCCCACCUACCCGGGCGUGUACCCCAAGAACCUGCAGUGCCGCUACCGAUUCCUGGGCAGCCGCGGACAACGCGUGCGCCUCGAGUUCCUGGACUUCGACCUCUUCUACGGUGGCUCUCAUUGUCCUUUCGACUACGUGAAGAUAUACGACGGCAACUCGAGCGAGGACACGCUGAUCGGCACCUACUGCGGACAGCAGCGCAACCUGGUCGUCUAUUCGUCGGCCUCAAACCUAUACGUCAAGUUCACUACGCUGCGACGCAUGGCCGACAGUCAGAACCGGGGGUUCGCCGGCUGGUUCGAGUUUGGCGAGAAGUUCGUCAACCUCGAUUUCAUCAAGAAGAAUGACGGCGAGCACAUUCGGGGAACCGAGUGCGACCAGAAGAUCCUGAGCCGCAAGGAGUCCAACGGCACGGUGUACUCGCCCAACUGGCCGCUGCCGUACCAGGCGAACAUCGUGUGCCGCUACUACAUCUACGGCAUGGAGGACGCCCAGCACCUGGAGCGGGUGCGGCUCGACUUCGACAAGUUCCACAUGGACGACCACCGCACGGACGACGGCCCCGAGUGCACGGACGCUUACCUCAAGCUGUACAUGCAGGGCCAAGAGGAGCGGCAAGCCGUGGACGAGUUCGACCACGCGUUCUGCGGAAACCAGGCUCCCCCGGCGCUCAUCUCGGAGGGGCCUCGGCUGGUGAUGGUCUUCUCUAGCGGACAGACCAAGGGCACGGGCUUUCGGGCGCGCUACUCGUUCGAGACCGACUACAAGGUCCCGGGCACCCCUUCGCCCAACAACACGUGCCACUUCUGGUACCUGAGUGAGUCGCAAGCGACGGGCGACUUCAACUCGCCUCGCUACCCGGCCAACUACCCGUCCAGCACCCGCUGCGAAUACAUCUUCCUUGGGGGACUAGGCGAACAGGUCAAGAUCGUGUUCAACUACUUCAAGACCAAGGCCGAGCUAGCCUAUCACGGAUACAACGAGGCUUGCGUGGAAGACUGGCUGGAGAUUUACGAGGUCUCAGCCAAGGGCGAAUCCAGCAAGAUCGGCCGCUACUGCGCCAAGACUGCUCCGGGGCCCAUCGUGUCUGACACGGGCGUCAACAUGAUGAAGGUCAUUCUACACACCGACAGUUCUGGUGUUGCCAGUGGCUUCAGCGCUACCUACUACUUCCUCAAGGACGUCAACAAGUUCGGAGACUGCGGCGGAAACAUCACGGGCGAAGAGAACGGCCUCAUCACCAGCCCCGGAUACCCGAACCCGUACAAGAACGACCGGCAGAUGUGCAACUGGUACAUCACGGUGCGGCCGGGACACAAGGUGUUCCUACACUUUACCCUCUUCCUCAUUGAGGGGCAUCCAGGAGAGCGAGGAUGUCCCAGCGCCGUGGUGCGCGUCUGGAAGAACCUGUCCGACGCGCCGCUCGAACUGUGCGGCGAGGGCCUGACCAAUGACACCAGAGAAGUGAUAUCCACCUCCAACGUGCUCAAAGUAUCAUUUAUGACCGCGCAAAAGGCUGUUGGAAAUGGUGGAUUUAGGGCCGUUUGGACAGAAAUAAGAGAAGACCCUACCUGCGAAGACCUAAGGUGCACCCUCACUGGUUACUGCAUAUCUUCGCGCCUCAGGUGCAACGACUUGCCCAACUGCGGAAGCAGCGACAACACCGACGAGGACGAUUGCGUGCGCAGCCCCGAGCUCAACCUGUACCUGGUGGGCGGCGUGUCCGGGGGCUGCGCGGCCUUCACGCUGCUCACGCUGUGCCUGGUGUGCCGCAGCCGGCGGAGGCGGCGGCGCCGGAGGAGGCGGCACCCGCCGUUCGGCGACCGGCCGCCCCUGCGGCCACCGCCGCCCGGAGAGGUGCCGGCCAUGCACUUCGUCUCCAUGGACACCGUGUGACUAGAGACCACCGUCUAAGAGCGACGAGGCACCCAGGAACUGACCACUCCUCCACCACACACUCCGCCAUCCUUACUUCCCGACACCCGGGGUCAGGGAGGAUGGACAAAGAACGAUGUGGAGCCCAAUACUCUGCACGCCGCAUUGUUACCCAUACUUCCCUCCAAAACCCGCUUUUCUGCCUACCUGCGUAACUGGGUGGGAAGGUGCGGCCGUGUGCCACCUUGAGUCGCAUUGAUUGGCUCCGAUGUGUUAAGUUGAGCUAGGUAGACGGGUGAGCUAGUUGGUCCUGCAUCGGAGUUUUAGCUUGCCAACGAACUGUUACCGCUUACGGAAUACCGGAGAGACGGAGAGCUGGUAGCGCCAUCCUGCGACGAAGAGUUCCAGCUACAGCUACAAAACUGUAAUUGCAAGAUCAUGUUCUACUUAGCUGCUGGUGUAAAUACGUCGGCAGCGAUAAUCACUAAAGUAUUUCUCUUUAUUCUUUAUUCCUUCUGGCGAGGAUGCUUAUGCAAUACAGAAGCGCGCCUGGCACGUUAUAGCCGAACAAAGCGUCACAAGUUGUCGCUACCAGCACUGCUACAAUAUGCUGUCAUCCCAUGCUUCGGUAUACCAUGAACUGAAAUAGCACACAAACAGGCUGGUACACUUGGUACCGAAUGAUUCAGCGUGUCUCUUAAUUUGUUCCCUGUGUAUUCAGCGAUGUCGCUCUCUUCAAGAAGCAGACCUAGCUUGUUCGUCGUCGAUAGGAUUCUACAGGCAAACGAGCGAUCAAUUUAAUCUGUUCGCAAAAAUAGCAAAGUGGCAUGAAAGCGAGACAAAGAAAGAUGUAACAACACCGU